AUAGAACAAGGUAGGUGAGCCCAGUUCAGUUCAGUUCCGGAAGAGUUGGUGGUUCGACUGAAGAAAUGAAAGUUUUUCAAUGUGGCUGCUACUUCGGGAUACUUUUGGGCCUCUGGAUGGCCGAGAUUGAAGGUCGUGGCUUUACCAUGGAGGACAAGUGCAAACUGUGGGCUGGAGGUGGAUAUAUCGGUGAUCCCAGCGACUGCCGGGGCUGGGGAUUCUGCCAGAAUAACAAACUAAUUGAUCGGAAUAACUGCGCUGAUGAUUUAUUUUACAAUUUCCGGGAUGGCACUUGUAAAAAUAAGGAGAAAGCUAGCUGCAAUUCAGAUCCUUUUGAGAUCUGUGCCAGCCUUGAACCGGAGGACUAUGUGGCCGACCCUGCAGACUGCCAGAGAUUCGUAAAGUGCGGGUCCAUCGGAAAUCCCACAUGGAGCACAUGCGGAGAGGAUCAGGUUUUCAGCAAUGUGAAACAGAAAUGCAUUCAGGAGGUCUCCGGAUGCCCCCAGGACAACAUCUGCUCCAACAUGAUGGAUAACGCUCUCGUGGCAGAUCCAAACACCUGCAAGGAUUACUUCAAGUGUUACAAUGGACUCGCCACAAAGUUGAGCUGCUCAGCGGGUCGAUAUUUCAACCGCGAAACGGGUUUCUGUCAAUUCUGGCUGCCGGAAAACUGCUCCAGGGAUGAGGAAGUUCAUCCAGAAUCCCCAUCGUCCAAGGACUCUCUCAUAUGUCACAGAUACUACCAGGUGGAUCGGUUGGGCGAGCAGAGAAUCCCGGAUAUGACGACCUGCUACGGCUACUACACCUGCACUUCUCAGUUCGAUUCGGGAGAGUGGAGCAGCUGUCCAGCUGGCAGUCACUUUGUGUGGUGGACCCAAAGGUGUGCCCCUCCGGAGGAAAAUAGCUGCUCCUAUGACAGGUGCAGAAACCAUAAAAGGUCCUUUGUGACCACCUUAAAUAAAGGAUGUCGCGAGUAUACUGGGUGUCAGAAUCAAAGUUCUGUAGGAUCGGAGAAGUGCCCAGAUGAGUAUCCCUACUUUGAUGAGGUUAAGGGUCAGUGUGGAGUGGAGUUUCCAAACCAUAGAGUUUGCUACAUGAAUGGUUAAAAAUACAGUCUAUACUCCUCCAAACAAUGGCUCUUAAAUUCGAUGGAAACCCCAUCAACCUUAAACUCAUAUUGACUUGCUCAUAAUUAAUGGCUCAUGCUUCAGUAGUCUAGUAAAAAAAAUGAAAAUUGUCUGCACCAGAAGCUUCAUUUUCUCCCUUUAACAGAAAAUAUUUUCUCCAAAAAAAACACCCAAACAAAAAAAAGGAAGAAAAGGACGCUGAGGUUGGCAAACAAAAACAAAGCCGGAUGAGGUCAGGACUUCAGUGAGAUUUAUGAUGAAAAAUAUUUUUCUCCCAAGGCUGAAGUUCUACGUUUGUACUUUAAUUUAAUUUUUAUUUAAAGCCAAAUCCAAUUACAAAUUGUAAUUAAGUUUGUAAUAAAAAGUAGCAUACAAAAAAUUAUCAUAAAAAGCAAAAAAUAACUUUUUAUGAAUAUUCAAAAAAAUGUUGAUUCUUGUCAGAAGUGAUUGAUAAGAUUGCCUAAUGAUGGCUAAUUACGAUAAGUGCCUCCUUGGCUCUCCUUGGUGCUUUUCCAUUCCGUCGAGCACCAGAGAAGAUUUCGCAUUCACGAGUGACAUCUUCAGUGUAAAUGUUGAGUCCCCCGUGCCCUCAAGUCAAAUGAAUCAACGAAAAAUUCAAAUAUUUCUCGGUCUUCAAAUACGUAUUUAUUUAUGAAAGCCCAGUGGGUGAGAGCUGCUGGGUGACUCUUCGUGGGCACAUGCUGGGGGUGGACGUGGCAAGCAACUCAGUGACGUGGCACAACAAUACGUCGCGUCAUUGAAUUAUUAUGAUUGACUUUUAUUACACCGAAUCGCAAUUUAUUUUACUUAACAAG